AACAGUGCGCUGCAUUAUAAUUGAUUGACAUGAUUGAACGUAAUUCGCAAACACAUACAAGUAGUACAAACGGAUUUAGACCGAAACCACCACGGAGGAAAAGAAUUUGAUUUCAUCUUUCAAACCGACCAAAAAGUUCAAGCACCAUGCCGCGUGGCGGACAGAGAUCAGCCAGUCGGCGGUCAGACAUCAGCGAUAUUGAUGCUGACCAGCAGAUGGCGGAGACCGAGUUGGCCAAGUUGCAGCGUCAGUACCGGAUCAUGGAAGGAGAUCGCAACGCCUACAACAUCGAGUCCCAGGAUCUCAUCCGUAGGCAAUUGGCGGAGAUCAGCCAGCUGGAGGCGGAGAAGAAGGAAUUGAACAAGGACCUGUUCCUGUCCGAAAGCCAAACCAACCAAUCACGCGACAACAACAACAUUGACAGGCUGAGCGAGCUGUGCUCCAUACGAGAUGAUUACAACCAGACGAUUGCAGAAGAGAAGGAACACCAGCAGGAGAUUCAGAGAAAGAUCCGAGAGACCGAGCGCGAGAUCCGUGGCCAGCACAGACAGAUGGGGGGCGUGCACGCCAGCGCGCAGCACACCCAGAAGACGCAGAAGGCUAUCCGCGUCAAGGAGAACCGUCUACACCAGGCCAAUGAGAAAUUCAACUCCAUGUUGACCCAGAAUGCAAAGUUCCGAGAGGAGAUUGACAGCUUACGUGUGGAGCGAACUCGCUUUGAGAACAUCCGCAAGAAACUGGAGAAGGAACUUGGAGACCUGCGACAGGAAAUCGGGGAAGUCAUCGACCAGUCCACGCAGGCCUACGACGCCCGGGACGAAGCCCAGGCCAAGAUGAUCCUGCUGAAGGAGAAAGCAGACAAGGACUGCGCCCAGCACCAGCAGGAGAUGAAGGAGUUGCAGCGCAUCAUCGAUCACGACCGCAAGCUGAGGGAGUUCAUGACGGUCAAGAGUAAAGAACGAGAGGAGGACGAGCUACUGGUGGCCCUCAGGCAGAAACGAGAGGCGGAGGAGGGUGAGAAGCUACGCCGUGAGCGUCAGGAGGACUCCAUCGAGGCUUACGAGGCGGCCUUCCAGCGCAUCGCCGAGAUCACCAAGGAGUCAGACCUCAAUAAGCUGGUCCGUAAAUUCAUCGAAGUAGAGGACCGCAACUUUGCGCUCUUCAACUUCGUCAACGAACAGAACAACGAGAUUGAGAUACAGCAGGACCAGAUCACAGAGAUUCAAGAUGAGAUCAAUGAGUUCCAGAGGCAGGGCUCGGCCAUGGAGGAGCAACGCGUUGCCAUCUUGAAGAGCCUGGAGGAGAAGCAGACCCAGGCAGCCAAGGAUGCGGACGGGCACGACUCAAAGCUGAAGAGUGUCAAUAAGAUACUGGAUCAGCUCAAAGCAGGAGUGGAAUCACUUUUCUCCAAGACCAACUGUGACCGGUCAACCAUCAAUGACAUGCUGGGCAGCGCGGCUGGAGUGACCGACGAGACCAUCAUGCAGUACCUGGGUCUGAUAGAGCAACGGACCAAUGAGCUGCUGGCGGUCAGCAUGUACGUCGACAGCAAGGGUGCUAAGGAAAAGGAGGACGUGAAAGUGCCGUCCAUGCUGGGUAAAGGACCCAUCCCCCCGCCACAGCAGCUUAUGUUUAUGGCGCCCUCUACAGGCGACGACUACGACAGUGAUCAAGGGUCGGACCUGAGUGAUGAGGAGACACGACCUUUGACCCAAUCCGAACUCAAGUCCAGAAUUAUGAAGGGGGUCUUAAAGAAGGAAGCGGCAGCAUCUAAGAAGGGAUUCCAGUAUGACUUGUCCGUCCCGAGCAAAGACCUGAAGCAGAAGCAGGCCAUGCCGGAAAAGAAGAGGGGUGGCAAGCGAUAGGCAGAACAGCCGAGGGCGGAGAAAGAAAACAUGUAUAGAACAUGCUCAGAUCGUAGUGUUUGGCUUUUAUGCAGUUAUCGAAGGCCACAAUGGAGUCGGAGAGGAUGUUAGUUUCAUAUUAAUGGAACAGCUUCUGAGAGUUGUAAAUAGAGAACGUUUGAUGCAGCCUAGGUUAUGAUUGACCAGAGGGAGGGUGUACAGUGAAAGGGACAGCCGACGUUGUUCACCUGACAA